AUGGCGUUUCAAGAAGUUAUAGAUGCCCUUGUUUAUGGAUUUGCUGAUGAAUAUCUGGACGAGGAAGAGUUCUCAAUUCUUUACGAUUUGUACAAAUCGGUAAAUCCUUUGUACCCUUACUGAGAAUUUCAGCCAUUUUGUUUACAAACUAUUGAUUCAAGUGAACGUCUAGCCGAGUUUCGUGUGACCAAAGAGGAUAUUCCUUUUCUAGCAGAAUGUUUGAGAAUUGAUGAUUGAUUUAUAUGCUCACAAGGGAGGUUUUUUGGUGGUUUGGAAGGUCUUUGCUUACUAUUAAGGAUACUUACGUAUCCUUGUCGUUAUUUUGAUCUGGUGAAGAUGUUCGCCCGUCCAGUACCAAAACUUAGUAUGUUUUCAAACACAGUGCUUCACAGGAUCUACGACAACCAUGCAUUUCAUCAAACAUCUUGGGAUCAGUUUUCCUAUCACCUCCAUAAAGGCAGAACGGUAUUGUCGAUCAAUAGCAGACAAUGUAUGCCCCCCUGAGAAACUGUGUCGGUUUUAUUGACGCCACAGUACUUUCCAUAUCUCGAACAGAUAAGAACCAAAGAUCAGUAUAUAAUGACCACAAGAGGGUUAAUGCCCUAAAAUCCCAAUGGUUUGCCCUUCUAAUUGGCAACCUGUUUGGCUCAGUAGAAGGCUGUAGACAUGAUGCAGCAAUGCUACGAGAAUCCAACAUUCUAACAGUUCUUGAAAGAGUUGCACAUAACCCAGCAGCUAAUGAUCUCUGUUUGUAUGGCGAUCCAGCCUAUCCACUACGACCACAGCUCAUGGGACCGUAUUGUCAAUGUGAUGUCCCAGUGCUUACAGAUGAAAUGAAAGCAUUUAACAAAGCGAUGAGCGCAGUGUGA